AUGGGAGGUGAAACAUCAAAAAUUCGACAUUCAAAAUCGACGGUAAACAGAAAAUCAUUAGCAAAUCGUCGUAAUACACAAGAAAUUAUAUCUCCAAAAAUUAAUACUACUACUAUUACUACUACUACUGCUACUGCUACUGCUACUACUACUAAUUCUGAUUCAAUUAAUUAUACUGAUCAUUUACUUAAUGUUGAUUUUGGUAAUCGAGCCGGAAAUUCACCAAGAUUAUCAUUAGAAUUCAAUAUUAAUCGUAGUCGUUCAGGAAGUUUAUCCAGUUCACGAGGUACAUCAAAGCAAAAGCAUCCAAUUCCUAUUCGUGACCGAAAUCUUAUUCAGAGUUGUUUCCAAAAUCCACACGAAAUUAUUGGCCAUAAAAUUUUACAACGAGCAUAUGAAAAACGAAAUGGCUUUGCAAAUUUUUAUGCUAAAUUAAAUAAUGAUGAAAAGGAUGAUAUUGAAGAAGGAAUUAAAGUACUUCUAAAAAAAACUGUCGCAAAUAUUAAUUUCAUGGAUGAAGUACAACGAUUAGCAGAAGAAUUUGGAGGAAAACAUGUUAAAUUUCGCUCACUUGGCUUUAAACCUGAAUUUUUUGGUGUUUAUGCUGAUGCUACAAUAACUGAAUGUAUAUUUCUAGACAAUGCUAUGCAUCCUGCUCAUCAAACACUUAAUGCAUUUUCAUCAUUUAUUACUAUGGUAUAUUCAUCAGUGCGAGAUGGUUUUUAUAACGAAAUGCGUCGUAUGAGACGUGCAUCAAAUAGUUUUAGCACGGGUUCGAAUUCAUCGUACGUACGAAAAACUAUAUCAGGCGAUAUAAAUAUUGAAUUGCCGCAAAGAUCAGGAAGUCCAGGUAACGAAUCUAGUGAAUCGGAUUUUAGUGCAGUGAUAGUGAUUCCAGCAGAUGAUGAUAACUUAGCGAAAUCACCUUCAAAUGAUCUUUAA